AUGGGCAGCACUAUCCGGAAGCGCAAGAUGUACGACGAGUUUUUGGGAAAAGUGAAGAUCCUCGCGGACUUAGACAAAUGGGAGAGACUCACUGUCGCUGACGCGUUGGAACCGGUCUCGUUUCCGGCACACGCACGCAUCGUAGAACAGGGUCAACCAGGAGACGAGUUCUUCAUCAUACUCGAGGGCGAAGCACAAGUUUAUCAGAGGAGAACCGAGGACAGUCAGCCGGAAAUGGUUGGCCAGCUUGGGCCUUCAGACUACUUUGGUGAAAUCGCUCUGCUGCUGGACAGACCAAGGGCGGCAACGGUGUUGGCUAAGACAGCUAUGAAGUGCGUUAAGAUGGAUCGCGAUCGUUUCGAACGAGUGCUCGGUCCUUGUUCAGAAAUUCUGAAACGGAACAUUGCCAACUACAACAGCUACGUCAAGCUACUCACCUAA